GUAUCACUUUCGGUCUUUAGAUGUGAUAUAAUUUUUCACAAUCAUCGUUUCAGAAGUAAUAUAAGAGGUUUUUUUGUGUGUGUCCCUAUUAUUUAUUAUGUCCGAAUGCUGGUAUAUUCAUGACGAUAUCGAAAAUCGCUGUGGAGAAAAGCGCCUUAGUCCAAAUGAGCCGUGUUCCUACGAAACACUCUCUAACCUAAUGAUUUUUUAUAUGACCCAUGAAAUUGUGGACGUAAUCGACAAUGUUGAAUUUUUUGCCGAAGCAAUGGUAAAGGAAAUGGGCUAUUACGCAUACGAUGUCAUAACAAUCUCAGAAGAUAUCAUGGGUGACUCAUUUGACGCGUUAGCUGAAAAACACUUUAGUGAGCAUGCGCACGCAGACGAUGAGAUUCGCUUUAUUAUCGAUGGGGAAGGGUACUUCGACAUUCGUGAUCCCGAUAACCGCUGGAUUCGCAUGUUUUGUAAGACCGGUGAUUGCAUCAUUUUGCCUGCGGGAAGCUUCCACCGUUUCACCACAACGUUCAGCAACUAUAUCAUGGCUGUCCGCCUCUUCAAGAAAAACCCGAGGUGGAUCGCCUUAAACCGCUACGACGGGACCGCGACCGAGCCCCAUAUGCAGUACUUAGCCUCACUACAGAAACCCCGACUCACCACAUUGGGCCCCUCAUGCGACGACCCAAAAACCCCUGACUGCACAAAAAUCUAUUCUAUACCAUUUCCUCAGGAGUUAGAUGAGAAGAUGGAACACAUCGCACGGCGAUUCGUGGAAACAAAUGGAGAAUCACUCGUGAUGUAUUGCACCGGGACGGCUAGCCCUUACGUGGGAAAUGAGAGUUGGUGUAUAGAUUGUAUUAGCGCCAAACCAAGUGUUAUUGAAGGGUUCAACAAGCUAUGCGAUAGGUUUGGGAGGAAAAAACUUGUAUUUGUGGAGGUACCUGUUGAGCGAAGCAGUUAUUUGCGGAACCCCGACUACCCACUGCGCCGCCACAAGGUGAUCAAGCUCCAAUCUAUUCCGACGCUUUUCGUCUUUGUCCCCAACACUAUGAGGUCUUUAAAGACGACUUCCUGGUGGGAACUUCUGAUGCUUAAGGUACGUACGGAAUCUCCAACUCCGGAUGAAAUAAUCAAUUGGUAGUUCUAAAUCUAGGGUUUUAAACGGAAGACUGACUUCAAGAAUGUAAAUUCUAUUUUUUUAAAUAAAUUAUUUAGAUUAUCAUUUUUGCGUGCUUUGAUAGUUACAGAGAAUUUUUUAGGUAUAUUUUCCUGUACAUCAGUUAAUUUCAGUCUGGAAAGAAUUGACCAAGCAUAUCCUUAUGUAGUUCUAAACUAACUGGAUCAUUUUAUUUUACCAACAUAUUGCAUAAUUAAAGAUUAAGCUGUGGGAAGUAAGCAAAGGACUUUUAAAGUGAAUUUCACAUAUAUCAUUAUAUUGAUAGAUAUUUGAAAUUCUUUUUUCCAUAUAAAUGAGUUGAUAAUUAUUUAUAUAUUCAAUAAUAUUUAAUGUGGUUAUGUAAAAGGAAA